CUAUGGCUUAAGUGGUUGACAAAGAUUGGUGCUAUUGGCGGUACAUAGACGCAAUGAGGAUGACAAGAAAGCUACUGCUUUGAAAGAGGAAGAAAGUGAGCUGAAGGAACUGGGGUACCUUCAUUGAGCUGAGAGGGGUCUAAAAAUUGGGAUUCAUUUCUGAGCAGCUGCUGGCAUGUCAGAGGCUUGGAAUCGGCCUGGUAAAUCUAAAACUGUCUCAGCAGUGGUUAGCUGACCUCACCCAAGUUCCAAGCCUUACUCUGCUUGAUCCUUUUUUCUUGAGCCUCAGAGCUAAAAUGCUCCUGAGCUCCUUCUGAUUGGUUGAGAAGACCAAUUGAAGUUCCCUUGCCCAUGUUAGGAGGUGUACGCCUCCUGAACUAAAGAUAGAAACAGCUGGCCCUUCCAGGCAGCUAAAAGCCUCCAGACUAAGAGGUGUUUCCCACUCGUCAGCCAGACUCCUUGAAAUACCCUUUGAGUAAUUCUACCAACGUCCUCCAUGUCUCUAUUCUGCCAUAACAAAGGCUGUGGGCAGCACUUUGACCCCAAUGCAAACCUUCCUGGUGAGUAAUCCUGACUGUGCCAGGGGUUUCUGUGAGUGCUGGGGGAGUGGUCAGCUGUGGGCAGCCCAUUAAGAGAGUAGAGAAAUUUGAGUGUAUCUACCCUAGUUUAAUUGGUGUGGGUGAUCUUCAAUCUUUACUUAUUUAUUUUUAUUCUAAAGAAAACCCAUGAGCAUAUAAAUCUGGGGGAGAGAUAAGAAGGGAUAGUUGGUAUAGUUGCCCUUCUUUGAUCCUUCUGCUGGUAUCCACAGAUUCCUGUUGCCAUCACCCUGGGGUCCCAAUCUUCCAUGAUGCACUUAAGGUGAGGAGUAGCAAGGGGGGACAGUAAGAACAUUUCCCAAAGGAAAUCUACCCGGGAAUCUGAGCUGCGCUGGGUCUUUCGUUAUCAGGGUUGGUCCUGCUGCCGGAAGCGAACUGCAGAUUUCUCUGAGUUCUUAAACAUCAAGGUAAAUUAUUUACUUCCUUGGAUUCUGCCCCUAAUAGAAGGAUUCUAUACCUAAUCCUUCUCUCCUUAUCUAUACUAGGGCUGUACUGUGGGACCACACUGUGCUGAGAAGCUCCCUGAGGCCCCUCAACCUGAGGGGCCUGCCACAAGCAGUUCACUUCAGGAGCAAAAACCUCUGAAUAUGAUUCCAAAGUCAGCAGAGACUUUGCGUCGGGAGAGGCCCAAGUAAAGAGGAGGAGGUCCCUGGGUUUUUCCUACAUUUCUGGAGCUUCCUAGAAGUCAGAGUUACCUCCAAAGCUGCUUCCGCUAAAUAUAUCCCAAGCCCUGGAAAUGGCAUUGGAACAGAAGGAAUUAGACCAAGAACCUGGAGCAGGACUUGACAGUAGUCUGAUCUGGAGUGGUUCCAGCUGCCAGAAUCCAGGAUGUGAUGCUGUUUACCAAAGCCCUGAGAGUGAUGCUACUCCAUGUACCUACCACCCAGGAGCACCUCGAUUCCAUGAGGGGAUGAAGUCCUGGAGCUGCUGUGGCAUCCAGACCCUGGAUUUUGGGGCAUUCCUGGCACAGCCAGGAUGCAGAGUUGGUAGGCAUGACUGGGGGAAGCAGCUGCCAGCAUCUUGCCGUCAUGAUUGGCACCAGACAGAUUCCUUAGUAGUGGUGACUGUGUAUGGCCAGAUUCCACUUCCUGCGUUCAAUUGGGUGAAGGCCAGUCAAACUGAGCUUCAUGUCCACAUUGUCUUUGAUGGUAACCGUGUGUUCCAAGCACAGAUGAAGCUCUGGGGGGUCAUAAACGUGGAGCAGAGCUCUGUCUCCUUGAUGCCAUCUCGGGUUGAGAUCUCCUUGGUCAAGGCUGACCCAGGAUCCUGGGCCCAGCUGGAGCACCCUGAUGCACUAGCUGAGAAGGCUAAGGCAGGGACUGGGUUAGAGAUGGAUGAGGAAGAAUCUGAGGAUUCAGAUGAUGAUCUGAGCUGGACAGAGGAGGAGGAGGAGGAGGAAGCGAUGGGGGAAUAGUGACACCAGUCAACUAUCUAGAUAGGACCUCAGUGGUUCCCUUAGAAUGUCAGAGACCAGGAUAUGGUUGGCCAUGUCCUGUUGUUAUUGAGCAGCAGCAGGCUGAAGGAGGGGAGAACAAAAGUGUCCAAACCGUGCUGUUUUUUCCCUUAAAUAAAUCUCGUAUUCUGCAGUUUUACAUAGUGUCGUUCUCUCACCUCACUACCUGAGAUUUUAUUCAUCCCCCCCCACUUCUGUGUGUGUUUAACACACGUGUGUGAAAACAAGCACAUGCACAGUCAACCUGUUCUUUAUAAUCACCGGGUAAUCUACUGAGUACUUACUGUAUGCCCAGUUGUGUGUUAGGUGGUUUAGAGCUAUCUGAGAAACAGAAAGCUUGUUUACUCCUCUCAGGAAAAUUAUAGUCUGGCCGACAGGCUAAUCUAUAUGAAAUAUUAAAAAACAUCAAGUAGUUUAGCUGAGUGUUAACUUGUACAGUACAAUUAUUAAGAGCUGGAGGAGUUGAGAGUGGAGCGAUUAAUGUGGACUGCAUUAGAAAGGGAGAGCUCCGUGGAAGAACAUUUUUUAACAGCUUUAUUGGGAAACAAUUCACAUUUCAUACAGUUCACCCAUUAAAGUGUAAAAUGCAGUGUUUUUUUUAGUCUGCUCAGAGUUGUGCAACCACAACCAAUUUUCAUCACUCCAAAAAGAAAUCCUGUACGUGUUAGCAGUCACUACCAGUUCCCCCCCGCCCCCAAACUCAUGGCUGUGGGCAACCACUAAUCUACUUUCUGCCUCUAUGGAUUUACUUGUUCUGGAUGUUUUAUAUGAAUGGAAUCCUACAAUACGUGGUCUUUUGCAAAAGGCUUCUUUUGCUUAGCGUAAUGUUUUCACAGUUCAUCCAUGUUAUAAAAUGUAUCAGAACUCCAUUCCUUUUUAUGGCUGAAUAAUAUUCCACUGUAUGGAUAUAUCACAUUAUGUUUGUUUCAUCAAUUGAGGUAAAGUUUGGUUUGUUUCCAUUAUUAUGAAUAAUGCUUCUAUGAACAUUCAUGUACAAGUUUUUAUGUGGACUUACGUCUUCACUUCUCUUGGAUAUAUAACUGGGAGUAUAAUUUAUGGGUCAAAUGGUAACUUUAACCUUUUGAGAAACUGCCAGACUGUUUUCCAAAGAGGUUGUACCAUUUUACAUUCCCAUCAGCAGUGUAAAACCAUUUCAGUUUCUCCACAUCUUCAGUAACACUUGCUAUUUGUACUUUUUAUUAUGGCCAUCCCUAGUGGGUGUGAAGUGGAAUUUCAUUGUGGUUUUAACUGCAUUUCCUUGAUAGCUAAUGAUGUUGAGCAUCUUUUCAUAUGCUUAUUGGCCAUUUGUGUUCUUAUUUGGAAAAAUGUCUAUUCAAAUCCUCUGCCCAUUUGUUAACUGGGUUGUCUUUUUAUUGAGUUGUGAUAAUUUUUUAAAUAUAUUCCAGAGACAAGUCUCGUCGGGUAGAUGAUUUGGAAAUAUUUUCUCCUAUUCUGUUUCGCCUUUCUACUUCCUUGAUGGUGUCCUUUGAUACACAAAAAUUUUUAAUUUUUAUGAAGUCUAAUUUAUCUUUCCUUUAGUUGCUUAUGUUUUUGAUGUCCUAGGCAAAAAAACCACUGUUUAAUCCAAGGUUGUGAAGAUUUGUUCCUCUUUUCUACUGAGAGUUUUAUAC